UUAAAAUGGAAUGCGGUGCCCAAACUUCCCUCUCCUCUCUCCUUCCUCUUUUCUCUUCCCCUAUCUCCCUAUCUCCCUCUCCCGAUUUCUUUCUCGCCUCUGUGCCAAGCAGCCGGCGUGAAGGGCAGCAAGAAAGCUGCACCACGAGCACGCCACCGGUUCCACCACGAAGACCACCCCAGCUGAAGUCCAGCAGCGCAGCCACGUCUCAAAUCCCACUAUCGAGCGCAGCACCACCACAGGUUCCUCCACGCAAUGCCCACUGCCCACCACUGCUCAGCCCACCUCAGACCACUGAAGCCGUUAGCCAACCCACUUCAGCCGCAAGCUUCCCUCGCUGCUCAGCCCUUUAAGUUGUGAAAAUCCAUUUGGUGAAACUCACCGAGAAGUUUGGGCUUGUGAGGUUUUCAAUGAAUGUCGAUUAUAUGCUGAUGCUGUAUUGUAUUCUAAUAGCCGUCUGAAUCAAUUAAUGCCCAUAUCACUGAUUUUUCAAUUGCAAGUUUGAUAUGUUACCGAAAGCCUUCACUUUGGUUAAAUUAUUAUUUUCAUCGCACCAUUUGCUCUCAUUUCCCAGGGAAUUAGUUUCAAAACCUUUGCUGGUCUUCACGACUGCCACGUAUUCAACGAAAAGUCCAACCCAAGUUGAAAGGGUAGAAGUUGAAGACCACCCAAAAAACUCCAUUGAUGUUCUGAGGAAAUGGGGUUGUAGUGAUCGUGAUAUAUCGAAGAUAAUUGUCCGCCGCCCUUCUUUACGCCGGGCUGACAUUGCCCGCCUUCAAUCCAAACUUAACAUGCUCAGUGGCUUGGGUAUUGGAGCUCAUGAUCUUGUGAAGAUGAUCAAUUGUCGCCCCAGGUUUCUAAGUUGUCGAAUAAAUCAUUGCUUUGAUGAGCGGCUUGAAUUUUUUAUGACAUUGUUUGAGUCAAGGGAGGUGCUUGCUAAAGCUAUUGUUAGGAACCCUUCACUCUUGAUGUAUGACAUUAAUAACAGGAUCAAGCCUGCUAUUGCGCUGUAUCAAGAGGUGGGUGUUAGUAGAAAGGACUUGAUUCCUAUGCUCCUUUCUCGGCCCACCAUGAUACCUCGAACUUCAUUUGAUGAAGAGAAAAUGGAAUAUAUUCGCAAAACUGGGAUUUCCAAGGAUUCCAAGAUGUAUAAAUAUGUUGUUACGAUCAUUGGUAUCUCACGCCACGAAACAAUUCGUCAAAAGAUUGGAAAUUUUGAAAAGUUUGGGUUUUCAGAUGAUGAAAUCUUCAAUCUUUUUGGGAGAUCCCCCCUAAUGUUGACACUAUCAGUUGACAAGGUACAGAGGAACAUGACUUUCGUUUUGAGCACAAUGAAGCUUCCUGCCAGUGUGGUCCUUCAGUAUCCAUUUCUAUUGUACUUUAGCUUGGAGACUGUGUUAAAGCCGCGAGUUCUUCUUGCAGAGAAGAUAGAUGACAUGGGUCUUGAUUUGCAGAUUAAAGGACCCACAAUGCUUAGGGCACUGAGGAUGACAGAGAAGAGGUUUUUAAAGGCGUUUGUCACGUGUCACCCGACAGAUGUUGCUGAUGAGUUGUUAGAGUUCUACAAAUGCGCCAAAGGGAUCAAGCGAUUGGCAGAAGCCUCAAAGAAAAACAUUAGCGUGGGAUUCCCUUUUUGAAGUUUUGUUCACCGGCUGCUCUGUUUUUAUCUGCUGUAAUCCAUAUUAGUAUACUUUCCUGUCUCAUUUGUUUUUUAUAAUACGAGAGUUUUUGAUACACAGCAGCUCUCUCUCUCUCUCUUGCUUGCUCUCUGUGAUUGCAUCUGAUGUGCAGACUCUGAUUAUCCCAGUUAAGGUAUUCUUUAGGGCCAGUCUCUUUGUAGAACUCUGUUUGAACAUACAGAACUUGACCCAAUUGGCCCAAAAUAAUUACCAUUUUUUUUAUGAGAAUUCACUUGAAGUUGAUUUUAGUUUA